AAUUAACCCAGCGAAUGUAAACAAUCACUACUGAGAACUCUCCCGCAACAAUAACGACUGCAUUACAUCUAAUGCCCUCUUUGUCUUUGAGCGCAACUACAACAUCUCUUGUGAUUACAAUUUACAACUCGUUCCCUUUGAACAGCAAAAACAUUAACUGUACAGGAUUGUAGGAGACUGCGGGUGAGUACAAUUCCCCUUUCCAUAAUUGUCUUGUAUCACCCAGCUAACCUGUGGAAUGUAGAAGACGAACCUCAUUUAAAGCAAGAUGACUUCCUUCAUCACUACCGUGUUUGUGAUCCUUAUCCCUAUAUAAUUAUGACUUCUUUUCUCGCAUAUUGGAGCCCUCGAACGAAGCAAUCACCACCAGUAUGUGGACUCACAAGGUCUGAUUCUGCAGCAACAGUUUCAGUGAAAUUGGAACCUGUGGAGGAAGUGGAUGAUCCGUUCUUCAUAGAAAUACCUGAACCUGCUCAUGUACCAUCUUACUCACAACGAGGAAACAAUAGUAACCAACGUACGCGAAACCAAUUUCGACCACGAAAUGCUCACAAAGGCACAACGAGUUAUCAAUUGAGGCAAUAUGCUGAAGCAACCCUUGGAGGUGGUAGCUUGAGAAAGGUCGUCAAAUUACCUGAGGGUGAAGAUGAGAAUGAGUGGCUUGCAGUCAACAGUAAGGAAAUUAUAUGGUAUAAAAGUUGGCAUGAGCUUAUGAUGCAACAGUGGUGGAUUUUUACAACCAUAUAAAUCUCCUUUAUGGUUCGAUCACAGAGUUCUGCUCACCACAAUCUUGUCCAGAAAUGAAGGCUACGGAUGAGUAUGAUAUCACAUAUGAAUUAUGGAAAGCAAUACUAAUAUUCUACAGGUUCGAAUAUCUCUGGCAAGAUAACGAGAAUUUCAAACGACCGACUAAGAUGCCUGCACCAACUUAUAUUGAACAUUUAAUGGCCUGGGUUCAAGCUAGUAUUGACAAUGAAACUGUUUUCCCAAGCAGAAUUGGUAUGCAUUUUAACACUCCUUCUCUAACUCCGUAAUAUGAGUUUCUAAUGUCAGAUAGGUGUCCCUUUUCCAAAAGGAUUCUCAACUAUGAUUAAACAAGUCUUCAAGAGAAUGUAUCGAGUCUAUGCUCAUAUCUACUGUCAUCAUUACCCUGUUAUUCGUGAGCUUGGGUUAGAAGCUCAUCUUAACACAAGCUUCAAGCAUUAUGUUCUCUUCAUUGAUGAACAUGAUCUUGCAAGCGGUAAAGACUUUUGGGGACCUCUAGGUGAUCUGGUCGACAGUAUGCUUAGGACUGAUUAGAGGACUGAUCAAAUGAUGAGGCGAUGAUACAUGUAUUCAUUCUAUUGGCGUUUGGGCAUACCUAGGUAAUUUGGAGUCAUGGAAUGGGGAAGGACUUCUAGGGCGGUUGGUUGGUGGGUUGGGCCGGAAAGGCAGGGCAUUGGGGAUGGGAGUGUACUUAUAGGUUACCAGCGAGCAAUCGUCAAAUAUUUUAAUCUCA